AUGAAAUGCCACAAAGACAUACAGGAAGCUUCAUAUCGUGCCAGCCUCCUGAUCGCCAGAGCCGGUAAGCCGCACACAAUCGGGGAACUGCUGUGUUUACCAUUAGCCAAAGAGAUGACACGUAUCAUGUGUGGAGAGAAAGCUGCCAGAGAGUUAAACUUGGUGCCGCUUUCAAAUGACACCGUGUCAAGGAGAAUAAACGACAUGGCUGACGAUGUUAAAAAGACACUGAUUGAGCGCAUUAAGAACAGUAGAUAUUUUGCCAUACAGCUUGAUGAGACUACAGAUGUUGCAGAUUUGGCCAAUUUAUUGACCAGAACUACAUCAGAGCAAAUAUUCCAGUUACUGAACAAGUUCAUCCAGGAGCAUGGCUUGGACUGGGAAAAGUGUGUGGGUGUAUGUACUGACGGAGCGAGGGCCAUGACGGGUCGCAACAGCGGGGUAGCAGCUCGCAUCCGAGAAGUGGCACCUGAGAUGCGCUGGACUCACUGCAGCAUCCAUCGUGAGGUGCUGGCAGUGAAGAGGAUGCCUGAUGACCUGAAGUCCGUGCUGGAUUGUGCUGUAAAAACUGUGAACUUCAUCAAGGCCAGACCGAUGAAUGCUCGCUUAUUUCAUGUGCUCUGCGAGGAGAUGGGCAGUGAGCAUGUCCAACUCUUGCUUCAUACUGAAGUAAGGUGGCUUUCAAGAGGAAAGGUGCUUUCAAGGCUUUUCGAAUUGCCAGAGAGGUCCAGAUGUUCUUGCAGGACACAAAUUUCCCCCGUCAGACAUUUUUGA